AUGGUGGCGGCAAUUGCUUUGCACGGGAUCUUGAGUCUUGCCGGGAAGAUCUUAUCCACGUUGCCUGAUCAGAGCAUUGUGUCGUGGAACGCGAUGAUCCCUGGUUGCGCACAGAAUGGCCAUGAGCGAAAAGCCGCUGAGUUUUUUGGCAGCAUGGAGCUUCCCACCGCGAUGGCAGAUGUGCUGGGACGAGCCGGGCUGGUUGCCGAGGCCGAAGGUCUGCUGCUGGUGAUGCCCUUCCAGCCGCAUUUCCUCGCGUGGAAGAGCUUGAUCAGCGCUUGCAAAGUUCAUGGUAGCGGCAAGAACAUCGAUGCGGCAGCUCGUGCCGCAGAGAAACUCUUGGAGAUGGAAUUGGCGCUCUACGUGCUCAUGUCGAAUCCGCAAAAGCAGGAUUCAAGGUUGCCUUCCAACGUUCAAAUGCCACAAAGGGAUAUUUCUGCAUGGAUGAUUUUUAUAACAGCUUGUGAAAACCGUGGAAACUUGGAGGAAUGCCGAUCAUUGUUUGAUCAGGUUCCAGAAUGGGAUGUAAAUUUCUGGAACUCUCUACUUACAGUAUAUACCCACAACGGGCAUAUGGAUCAAGCAAGGCAGAUCUUUGAUGGAAUGGUAGAACACAACAUAGUUUCUUGGGCUGUUAUGGUUACUGCGUAUGCAAGAAAAGAAGAACGUUGCAUCGCGGUCGACAAUAUAACAGCACUGGCCGAGAGAUACCAGCUCGAAGAAGCUCGCAUUCACCUCCCCGACGACGUGGUGUGGACUGACAUGAUCUUGGCCUACUCCAACCACGGCCACCUCGAAGAAGCCAUGAAGAUGUUUGCACGGAUGCCACAGCGCGAUCUCGUCGCUUAG